GCCGCAACUAAUCUGAUAAAUAGAUAAUAAAAAGUUGACAUUUUUUGUGGUAUUUGCGGCAAGCGUUUAAUUUAUCUUCCACCCGAAAAUACUGCGGACGCGAAAACGGCCGAUCUGGCCUUCUAUGCAAGAAGAGAAACUAACACAAAUUAUAGUGCGUUUGCAUUUAUUUAUUCAAUUGUGCUAUAUCGACUCUUAUCAUCGACAGUAUCGACACUAGAAGAGCAGAAGAGAAGUUUGUAGAAAGAAUGACGUUAGAGAAUGAAGUCGCACCUGCCGAGGGUGAAACUGGUGUAACCAUGACAAAAUCGGCACUGAAAAAGCUGCAAAAGAAAGAAGAAAAACUGUCGAAAAAAAAACCUCAACAACGAAAUGAAACAGCCGAUGAAGGUAGGGACGUGUCCAAAGGCAGAUACGGAGAGAUGAAGAUGAUACAGAGUGGUGAACUUUAUAACGAACGCAAAUUCGUCCACAUCAAGGAUUUGACGCCCGAGUUUGCCGAGAAGGUGGUGUGGAUCAGGGGUAGACUGCACACCAGCAGAGCAAAAGGCAAACAGUGCUUCAUUGUCCUGAGACAGCAGUCUCACUCAAUUCAGGGCUUGUCUGCCGUCAGCGACAAGAUAAGCAAGCAGAUGGUAAAGUUUAUAUCCACCGUUACCAAAGAAUCGAUUAUUGAUGUUGAGGCCAAAGUGCAGAAGGUUCCCAAUCCUAUUGAGUCAUGUACUCAGAAGGAUGUGGAGAUUCACAUUGAACAGAUUUUUGUUGUGAGUGCAUCAGAGUCACAGCUGCCUUUGCAGAUUGAAGAUGCUGCCAGGCCUGUCAGUGACGACAAUGACUCAAACAAUUUGAAUAUUAAGGUUAAUCAGGACACUAGAUUAGACAACAGGAUUCUGGAUUUGAGAACACCUGCAAAUCAGGCUAUUUUCCGGCUUGAAGCUGCCGUUUGCAAACUAUUCAGAGAUAUUUUAACAGACAUGGGAUUCGUUGAAAUCCACACGCCAAAGAUCAUAUCUGCUGCCAGUGAAGGUGGAGCUAAUGUCUUCACAGUGUCAUAUUUCAAGGGCUCCGCUUAUUUGGCACAGUCGCCCCAGCUUUACAAACAAAUGGCCAUCGCUGCUGACUUUGAAAAAGUCUUUACAGUUGGAGCUGUUUUUAGAGCGGAGGAUUCAAAUACUCACAGGCAUUUAACCGAGUUUGUAGGCCUAGAUUUGGAAAUGGCUUUCGAGUAUCAUUACCACGAAGUGAUGUUACUAAUCGGAAAGAUGUUUACCGAUCUCUUUAGGGGACUUCAAGAAAAAUACGAGACUGAGAUCAAAAUCAUUAACCAGCAGUACAAGAUUGAGCCUUUCAAAUUCCUCGAUCCUCCCUUGGUACUGGAGUUCUCACAGGCGGUCAACCUGUUGAGAGAAGCAGGGGUCGAAAUGGGCGACGAAGAUGACCUGUCGACACCAAGUGAGAAGCUCUUAGGAAAGAUCAUUAAAGCUAAAUACGACACUGAUUUUUAUAUCCUUGACAAGUACCCAUUGGCUGUCAGACCGUUUUACACCAUGCCUGAUCCUAACAAUCCUAAAGCCUCAAAUUCCUACGAUAUGUUCAUGCGUGGAGAGGAAAUUAUUUCUGGUGCUCAAAGGAUCCAUGACCCAGAGUUUUUAACUGAACGAGCAAAACAUCAUGGGGUUGAUGUUGAAAAAAUUAAAGCCUAUAUCGAUGCAUUCAGAUAUGGAUGUCCACCUCAUGCUGGUGGAGGUAUUGGCAUGGAACGAGUUGUUAUGCUUUACUUGGGCUUGGAUAAUAUUCGUAAAACAUCCAUGUUCCCACGUGAUCCUAAACGCAUUACGCCAUAAAAAGAUGUAUGAUGCUUUGGUGCAAACUAAGUAAAACUUUUUGCUUGUUACCAUAAAUAAUAAAGGUGACUCUUUAUUUUGUUAAAUGGACAAAACUUGUUUGGUAAUUGUUCUAAAGA